AUGCGCAACUUUUUUUGGUCUCGUAUACCGUCUGCUCCAGACGAGAUAUAUGCAUCCAGCCUCCAGACACUCCACCUGGGCCACGCCCUCUGGUAUCCCGAACCGCAUGGGACGGGCGAGCCACAGAUAGGCGACGUCGGCUUCGUGGACGAGGGUGCAUUCGUCAGGCUGUUCAAUCUCGACGACGCCUCCGUGCCCGAGAAGAAGGUCGAAUUCUGGGAUCCGCCGUUCGAGAUCACAGAGCCCGUACCUCCGGGAGUAUUCAUGAUCGACUCCAGGCGUAGUCCACUCGUUCCAAAAGACUAUCGUAGCCAUGGGGUGGAGAGCAAGGAAAUGCAUGCCUCGGCAGACGUAGCGGCCAGUACAGGCCUUUCUGUGACUCUCGACGCCAGCUACACAUGCAGGGCGACACAGGGCGCGGUUCUUAUCCUCAAGAGCGAAGCGCACGCAGAGAAGAUACUCAGGAAUCGGUUGUUGAAGAAAUACAUCGUUCGCCACUGCGAUAGAUGGUACGCGUACGCCAGGAAUGAAAUCUACCAGGACAUCAAGCAGGAGGACAUUGUUGUGGUGAGCGGUUGGGUCAAGACCACGGCAGAUUGGGCGACGGUCGCCUUCAGUAACACGAGUACAAGCUCCAGUGCGUCACUGGAGGGCCGCGUUGGGGGCAUUGCCGGAGCUGCAGUCGGCGGGUCGCACUCGAGAUCGAUGACAGGUCCGAGGAUGGAACGGCAAGCGUCCAAUUUCCCUCCUGCCGAGGCGAAGAGGGACCAAUGCGUUUUGUUGAGGCGCUACAAGAUACGAAAGAGGCUCGUGUUUCUGAAGAAGGUUGUUGGGGGCGCAGGCUACGACCAGCUACCGAGUCCGGACGAUGAACAAGGUGCUUCGAGAGUAGGAGUCGCAGCGUGGGAAGACGAGGACGAGGAGACAGCAGACAUCCUGGUGCCCGGGAGCGAGGUACGUUUUCAUUACCGUGUGUUAAGGGGCGCACAAGCUGAUAAGAUGCCAGGAUCAAAUCGCUGA